AUGUUGUUCACUUCCAUUACUGCUGCAUCACUACUAGCUGUGCUUGGCACUUUGCCAGCAGGUGUGCUAGCCCAGGAUGCCGAGGGCUGGUACAAGGCUCAUCCAGGCAUGGCGCGUAUCAGCCAGGUGAACCAAGACACGCAUCAAAUUGUCGAUGAAUUCGGCCGUACGCGGUUCUUCCAUGGAACCAAUGUCGUGAUGAAGGAGCCACCGUGGUAUCGGCCGUUGGAGUGGGCGCCUGGUGUCUCAUCGUUUGGCGAGCAAGACGUCCAAAAUCUGCACGGCUUAGGUCUGAACAUUGUGCGGUUAGGCCACAGCUGGGCCGGUGCAGAACCAGUGCGAGGUCAGUACAACCAGACAUUUCUAGAUAUCAUGAAGAAGCAGACCAAGAUGGCUGAGGACCACGGCCUCUAUGUUUUGGUGGACGUGCACCAAGACGUCCUGGCGCGGCAGCUUUGUGGCCACGGCGUACCUGACUGGUUUGUUAAGGAAGACUGGGUACCAGGUUGGAAGAAGUACCCCUUUCCUCUCAAGCUAACGCCGUUCCCCGUGGAUAAUAAGGGGUUCCCAUCGCCGCAGUCGCUUUGCGGCACCGUGGACUGGUCUCUGAGCUACACGUCGGUGGCGGUAUGUAAUGCAUUUGGGCGACUAUACAACAACUACGACGGGCUGGGCGAUGCGUUCGCGGCGUACUGGAAAAAGCUGGCGUCCGAGUAUGUCAAGACGACCAACGUGGUCGGGUAUAACCUGCUGAAUGAGCCGUGGGUGGGCGACUCGAUGGCCGACCCGACCCUGCUAGUGCCAGGUGUUGCCGACCACAAGGUCCUAGAAGGCCUCUGGAACCGCGCCGCCAAGCAGAUCCGUACCGUCGACAAUGACACGCUCAUCUGGUUCGAAGGUGCCACCAUUGACAUCUUGUCGGGUUUCAACAAUGUCCCCCUUGGAGACGGCUCGAAGUCAGUGCACUCAUUCCACUACUACAGCCCACCGCAGCUGUCGUCUAUUUCUACCACACUCGACAACCGCCGCAAGGACAACGAGCGUCUUAGGACCGCCGGGGUGCUGACUGAGCUCACCUUCUGGAUGGGUGACGAUAAGCAGAUGCAGGGCCUAGCGGACGCCAUGUCGGCGACCGACGCAAAUAUGGUUUCCUGGAUCGGCUGGGCGUACGAGAACCUGUACAACGGCACAUCUGGUCAGCCUUACCCUGAACUGGCAAAGCACUACAGCCGUGCAUACCCUGCCGCUGUCGCCGGCACUCCCAACAGCUUCAGCUUCGAUGAGAGCUCGGGCAUCUUCGAGCUGCAGUUCACGUCUGAUCCAAAUAUUAAAGCGCCCACUGAAAUUAUCCUGCCCCCAUCCACGUUCCCCAACGGCUAUAAAGUCCGGGUCUCGCCUGACGGCAGCUUGCUACAGUAUGUACCCAACAAGCGUACUCUGGCCUUGUUCACAAGUACUAGCAUCAAGAACGCCAUCAACAUCUCUGUCACAGUCUCUCCUAAAUAA